AUGACAAAUGAAAAUGCGAAGAAAUUAAAGCCUUUCGAGUUAGUGCUUCAAAAAGAACUCCUUGACUUGGACGAAAUUGAAGGUGUCUCGUUGCAUCAAAUUGAUGAGAACUGUUUGAAAGAAAUUGGAAUAUCAAUAACACCGAAGGAAAGUUAUUUCAAGGGAAAGACCAUCGAAUUUAUUAUCAAGUUUAAGGAAACGUAUCCCAUCACACCACCCAAAAUUAUUUGUCUAACCAAGAUAUUCCAUCCCAAUAUUGAUGAAAGGGGAAAUGUCUGUUUGAACAUUUUAAAACUCGAAUGGAAUCCAAUAAUAAAUUUACAAAUGCUGAUAUUGGGUUUGCUGCUUCUAUUAAAUGAACCCUCGGCAGAUGACCCUUUCAAUAAAACAGCAGCGGAGGUUUUCAAAAAUGAUAAAUUUCAAUUUCAAGAAAUAAACAAUUCGAUUUCCCCUUCUGUUAUACUCUUACUGUACAAUUGUGUGGAGAAAUAA